AUGAAAAUGAUUGUACUUCGGCAUAGGUACAAAAAAGUGUUGCAUGCAUUUUAAUUAAUCGCUGGUUUAAUGUAGCACCCGGUGAGCAUGCUAUGUGACACAUAUCAAACACACCCAAAUUUUGAGUGACCAACAGGUGCAAGGUGUCCAUAGCCAGCUAGCUAACAUCAUGCUUAAUGCUAAAAUGCUAAUGGUGGAUCCCCCAGCGGUGAUGAUGAUGAUGAUGAUGAUGAUGAUGAUGAUUCACCGAGGAACUUUUACCUUCAGUGAGAUGUGCGGUGUCCAUCGAGACAAUGGAUGUCACGCGGUCACUCCUAUGAAGAGCAAACGGUGUGGAACCCGAAGUACUGCGUGGUUGGUGACUGUCAGAUGCUGCUUCUGAAUGAGGAGGAGGUGAUCCGUUCCUUGUUUUUGCAGGAGAGGCGCUCUGCGUCAGGCAAGGUCCAUCUUCUGCGACGCACCAUCAGCGUUCCAGUGGAAACACAGUUUCCAGAGUUCCACAGCCAGCUGUCCACUGAGAGCGAGUCUCCUCCUGAAAGGACCGGUCGCCGACGCAGCAUGCCAGGCAGCUCCUCAGACAAGAACACACCCACAAUGGAGGCCACGUCCACUGCGGCUACACCUUUCAGAGUCACCGUGAGUACUGGCUUUCUAAGUCGGCGUCUGAAGGGCUCGAUAAAGCGCACCAAGAGUCAACCCAAACUUGACCGCAACUCCAGCUUCAGGCACAUCCUUCCCGGCUUCAGGAGCGUUGACAACGACAGAUCUCAUCUGAUGCCAAGGCUGAAGGAGUCUCGCUCCCAUGAGUCAUUGCUCUGCCCCAGUAGCGCUGUGGAAGCCCUGGACCUAAGUAUGGAGGACGAGGUUGUCAUCAAGCCGGUUCACAGCAGCAUCCUCGGGCAGGACUACUGCUUUGAGGUCACCACCUCCACAGGAAGCAAAUGUUUUUCCUGCCGUUCAUCAGCCGAGAGAGACAAAUGGAUGGAGAAUCUGAGGAGAGCAGUACAACCCAACAAGGACAACAGUCGUCGGGUGGAGAACCUGCUGAGGCUGUGGAUCAUCGAGGCCAAGGACCUGCCGGCCAAAAAGAAAUACUUCUGCGAGCUUUGCCUCGAUGACUCACUGUACGCCCGCACCACCUGUAAACUCAAGACCGACAAUGUCUUUUGGGGAGAGCACUUUGAGUUCAACAACCUGCCUGCUGUCAAGAGCAUCACAGCCCACCUCUACAAAGACACAGACAAGAAGAAAAAGAAAGAUAAAAACAAUUACAUUGGACUUGUCAACAUCCCCGUCGCAGCAGUCACCGGAAGACAGUUUGUGGAGAAGUGGUAUCCAGUCAGCCUGCCCAACCCCCCCAAGGGCAAGACAUCUGGGCCUAUGAUUAGGAUCAAGGCACGCUAUCAGAGUAUGAACAUCCUUCCCAUGGAGAUGUACAAGGAGUUUGCUGAGUACACCACCAACAACUACAUGCUGCUUUGCUCGGUGCUUGAGCCCGGGAUUAGCGUCAAGAACAAGGAGGAGAUGGCGUGUGCACUGGUCCACAUUCUACAGAGCACUGGCAAGGCCAAGGACUUCCUCACAGACUUGAUGAUGUCAGAGGUGGAUCGCUGCGGGGAGAACGAGCACCUCAUCUUUAGAGAGAACACGCUAGCGACAAAGGCCAUAGAGGAGUACCUCAAACUGGUGGGACAGAAGUACCUGCAGGACGCCCUCGGUGAGUUUAUCAAGGCUUUGUAUGAGUCAGAUGAGAACUGUGAGGUGGAUCCAUCCAAGUGUUCCUCAGGUGACCUGCAGGAACACCAGAGUAACCUGAAGAUGUGCUGUGAGCUGGCCUUCUGCAAAAUCAUCAACUCAUACUGUGUGUUUCCACGAGAACUGAAGGAGGUCUUUGCGUCAUGGCGACAGGAAUGCAGCAACCGGGGUCGACCGGACAUCAGUGAGCGUUUGAUCAGUGCGUCCUUGUUCCUGCGGUUUCUCUGUCCAGCCAUCAUGUCCCCCUCACUUUUCAAUUUGAUGCAGGAGUAUCCAGAUGACCGCACAGCACGCACACUCACGCUCAUCGCUAAAGUCACCCAAAACCUGGCAAACUUCACCAAAUUUGGUAACAAGGAAGAGUACAUGUCAUUCAUGAACCAGUUCCUGGAGCACGAGUGGACCAAUAUGCAGCGCUUCCUGCUCGAAAUCUCAAACCCAGAGACAAUCUCCAACACGGCAGGCUUUGAGGGGUACAUCGACCUCGGCAGGGAACUCUCCACCCUGCACUCCCUCCUCUCUGAGGUUGUGUCCCAGAUGGACCAGAGUGCAGCCUCCAAGCUUGGUCCUCUGCCCAGGAUCCUGCGGGAGGUGAACACAGCUCUGUCUAACCCGUCCUGUGUCCAGAUGACACCCGGACAGUCCUCAGAGCAUAUGGGCUCGCCUCCCGCUGAGGCAAGAUGCAGCAUCUCCACCGGCCUGCAGAAGAUGGUCAUAGACAAUGAUCUUUCAGGAUUAGUUGACUUCACCAGGUUACCUUCCCCUACCCCAGAAAAUAAGGACCUAUUCUUUGUGACAAGGAGCUCAGGGAUCCAGCCUUCCCCAGCACGCAGUUCAAGCUACUCUGAGACCAAUGAACCUGACCUGGGCAUGGCCAAUGGCAGCAAGAGUCUGUCCAUGGUGGACCUCCAGGACCCCCGCAGUCUGGAAGGUGGCCCAGGUCCCAGCGCCUCAGAUGCCCUGGGUGAAGGCCUAACCUCCGGGGGAGGCUGGUCAGCCAGAGUCCCACAGGGCAACAUCCCAGGAGGUCCCACUCUGAGGAGGCUAGGCCAGAACCCCACCACCCUGACCACAGAAAGCACCCCAGGCCGACCCGCCCAGCUACUAGCCCCCCUCUCCUUCCAGAACCCAGUCUACCAGAUGGCGGCCUGCCUGCCUGUGUCCCCUCGCGGAAUGACUGACUCAGGCUCAGAGUGCCACAGUUCUGUCAGUUCCCAUAGCAACAACGAAGACGGACCAGCAGGAGGGAAGCAUGCCUUCCUGAACCACGGUGGAGGUGGAGGAGGAGGUGGAGGUGGUGGGAGCAGUGGGGAUGAGUACACCAGGCGUUCGGGGGAGUUCAACCGCCGACAGCUGUCCCUCACAGAAACACAGCACCAGCCCACCGUCCCCAGACAGAACAGUGCGGGCCCGCAGCGGAGGAUAGACCAACCUCCGCCUCAGAGCAUUACUCGGGGCCGCACCCCCCCGAAUCUGCUCAACAGUGGACCGUACCCCCGGCCCUCAUCUGGCAACAUGAUGACAUCUUCACCCGACUGGCCUGGCAGCGGAGCACGUCUACGACAGCAGUCCUCUUCCUCCAAAGGGGACAGUCCUGAGACCAAGCAGAGGGCUCAGCACAAACAGGCCCCCUCCCCAGUGAACCCUAGUGCGCUGGACCGCACAGCAGCCUGGCUAUUGAAUAUGAAUGUGCAGUAUUUAGACCAUGAGGGGAUGGAGCCCGAGUCACUGAGAAACAGAGAGGAUCUGACUCAGGUGGAGAAGUACCAGCAGGAGAUCGCAGUGCUGCAGGAGAAGCUGCGGGCGUCGGUGCAGAAGCUGGAAGAGUACGAGGCCCGUUUGAAGGGUCAGGACGAACAAGCCCAGAAGGUUCUGAUGGAGUACCAGGCCCGGCUGGAGGAGUCGGAGGAGCGCCUGCGCAGACAGCAGGACGACAAGGACCUCCAGAUGAAGGGGAUCAUCAGCAGGUUAAUGUCGGUGGAAGAGGAGCUAAAGAAGGAUCAUUCAGACAUGCAGGCAGUGGUAGACUCUAAACAGAAAAUCAUCGACGCUCAGGAGAAGCGCAUAGCAUCGUUGGAUGCAGCCAACGCCCGUCUGAUGAGCGCUUUGAGCCAGCUAAAGGAGCGCUACAGCAUACAGACCCGCAACGGCAUCUCCCCCACCAACCCCACCAAACUGCAGAUUACUGAAAACGGAGAGUUCAGGAACAGCAGCAAUUGCUAGACAGACUGGCAUCUGCCCCCGAGUGCGUGUUGAGUGCCUGCGUGUGUACAGUUUAUUCAGUGAGAGGACAUCUACAUGCAUGCAUGGCUGCAUGCCUGUUUGAAAGACCGCGGCGGUUUGCGUGUGUUUUGAAACGCGGACAGAGUACUUUUGGAGGACAUUUCAACUUUUUUUGGACACCAGUGCAGGAGUGAGGUCAUCACUCUGAGGGGCCCAAUUAGAAGAGGCGGGACUUCAGCGUAACAGACAGAUCCCCCAAGAGAACAAGAUCACCAGACAGCCUUCGUUACGAGGGUGACGGCCAGAGGAGGCGGGGCAGAGCUUGUAAAUAUGAAACUCAAAGCUGUCUAUCAGACAGACACUUUGCCAGUGGAUGUAUGCAGUCGCUGGGGCAAUUCAAGAGCCUGCCUAUGCCUGGGACAAACCACUAUAUAACCACACACAGUGACAGCCGCCAGACACGGUCACCCUAGCAACCUUCCACUCCUCCUCUCUCUCCUUAUUCUUCUCCCUCUUGACGACAACAAGAGGAAGAAGACAACAAUAACACGCAUUGAGAAUGAUCACGUUAGUUGUCUUGAGAAGAUUUGUUUCUACUGCUUUAUUUUAAAGUCAUUGUUUAUAAAGAACCAAAUAGAAGCUCAAAAAUAGAUAUUUUUAGUCCAAAAUUAUCUUUAUGUCCCUUUUCACUCCUUGGGUGUGUUCCUGAGCGUCCCGAUGAGCCCUGCUUCCCCCCACCCCCCUCCCCCUCCAUCCCUAUGUAGUGCACUUUGUGAGAAGCUAUUGGUACAUGAAACGCCUUAAUUAAGGAACACACCUCAACUUUAUCCCACAGCUCCCUUAUUUCAGCAAAAAAAAAUGCACAACUUAUACUGUGGAUUUGUAAAGGAUACAAAAAUAAAAUUGUACACACAUAAAUGUAUUAUGAACGCUAAAGUAAAUGAAUUCUAUGUAAUACUAUAUUAAUGAAAUUUAAUAUAGAUGUAUGCAUUUCUUUUCUUCUAUAGAGUAUACGCACAUAUCUAUAUUUGAUAAUCUCAAAUAUAAAAGCAGCCCUUUAUUUAGGAGUGAAAUCUAGUUUUAUUUUCUUCUCUUAUGAUUAAAGACUGUAAUGUGUAGCUUGCUUUAGAGCCCUGGAGGAGAUCACAUCGAGCAGUGAUCAGCACCAUUGCCUCAGUCACCCCUUCCAAUCUCCAUGAUGCUUAACCCUUUACAUACAUUAUGCACUACAUUUGAGAGAAAUGUCUGUACAAUAGUUCUAACAGCUCUGGCGUAGCUUGCACAUCUUGCACAGUCAAGUCAAGUGAUCGGUUAUUCUUCUGGUGCUUAUCAUUGCUCUUAAAGACAUAGAUCAAUUAAACCCAGAUUUAGAUUUAGGUUUGAGGCAUAUGUGUGGUCUUCUCACUCUAGUAGCACAAGAGCUAUUGAGCGACACGUGUUUAGACACGUCUCACUCAUACUAUACACUGGACUGGUGAGCCAUUGUAAUAAUGGCCUCCUUAGUUACAACAUUUUCUCUCUAACUGCUUUGUGGUAAUGAAGUAUGCUGCAUCCAAACUGUGACUCUGUUAAUCCAAGUGGCAUCAUCUCGCUCCUCUCUGUCUGUUUUUCUUACUCGCAUCCACCCUCCCUCCAUCCCUUGUUCUUCUGAAUGUGAAGAUGCUAACUCCCAGUUGGUCUUAACAUUGGGUUAGGUCCUUCUAAUAUUUCCUCGCAUUGCUGUCAUUGCUCCAUACCAUUUCAGCAUCUGUAUUUUGUAUAUUUUUGUACUCAUUCUUCUUAACCAGUAAACAGACUGUAUACAUCAAGUGUGAGGCUCUGCAUGCUUCAUCCUCGCUCUAGAGCCAAUGGUAGCGUCAGUAUCACCAUUUGUUUUCUUUUGUUGCCAAUUUGAAGGUGAUGAUGAUGAUGAUGAAUGCUUUGCCGCAGACAUAUACAGUAAAUAUAUGAUAACCGAGUGCAUCAAAAGGCUGGACAGCCUGGGAACGUGUAAAUAAAAUGCUCACACUAUUUUUACCUAAUGUUAACAGAGCUUUUUGUAAAUGUAUCUUGUGCUCAAACUCUGCUGUAUCAAUAUGGAUAUUGUAAAUACCAAAUAGCUCAGUCGGUCAUCUGUCCUCAUUUAGUAGAACUAUACAAUUAAAUUAACCUUUCAGUGUUCUCCCUGUUAAAGCUAUUGUUUUGUAUUUAGAGUGUAAUAUCACUAGCCAAAAAAUCUAAGUAGGAGUUUGUCUCUUGGGAAGUCGUGGAGGAUGCCAUACAAUCCUGUAUGUCUCAUCAGUCUGGCUCUAUGCACUUUUACAUUCAGUGGUUGGUGUUAGUUAUUAGCUUAAUUCUUUUUAGCACAGCACCUGUUCCAGGUGUUUAAAAACGUGGCAAAGUUCAAAACCGAAGAAAGGGAUUUUGGUAUAGCUCAUUCACAAACGGUUGUAUUUAUGUUUUUUUCCUUUUUGAAUAGAAAGGAAUAGCCUCAGACUGAAGAUUCCUCUUGUCGCUAAAUAUCUGAGAUAUAUGACUUUUCUCCUCAGCAUAUCUUAACAGGCAUUCAGUCCUAAAACAAUAUUGGUGAACUGCAGAGAUUAAAGCGAGGCUAUGUUACUUUUAACAGAAGAAAGAAUAAACUUUCAAAUGAAUAGCUGAAUUCAUUAGCAAUAAAAUGCACUAUUGUUCCAUUCAAUACAUUCAGAAGUUGCUUCUGCUAACUGAACAGCCUUACAGAUAGCUACAUGGUCUUUUUUUACCAGUAGCAUUUGGGCGUAAUGUUAGCUUAAAUGUCCAAAUUCAAGUAAAUUUAAAGGCACUUUACUGAUUCAGUUUGCUGACGUUAUGACUCUUUCCGCAUUUUAGCUAAAUGCUAAACGGCACAUGACUAUUUAGCAUUUACACUCGCUAAACACAUAAAAAUAGUGAUGCUAACGUUACAGCCUACUUGGUCUGUUAUGACAACUAGCUUUUGGUGGCUAAGGUUAACUAACAUUAGCAAAUUGUAGGUUAAUACUUCUGUAAAAGCCACUUUACUGAUUUUGUUUGCAGACUUUUGAAUCGUGCAACUGUUACAACAGCUUAGCAUUUUAGCUAAAUGCUAAACAACAUUUUAGCUAAAUGGUGAACUACUGUUUAGCAUUUACACCAUGGCUGUAUUAAGAGAAGAUUUACGCUAGCUAAAGCUAAACAGUUGGAAAUUGUGAUUCUAACAGUACAGCCAUAGAAAUAGAAUGCCUUACCCGGUCUGUAAUAACAAGUAACUUUUGGAAGCUAAGGUGAGCUAACGUUAGCAAAUUUAAAUGCAUUUUGCUGCAUGAUAAUUGCUGCAUUACAGAUUGAGUCCACGGAUCUUUGAUUCUCUUAGCCUUUUAGCUUAAUGUGAAGCUAUUGUUUAGCUAAAUUGUUAAGUGCCGUUUCACAUUUAGUUAAAACAGGAUUAGCAUAACAUAGUUUAGCAGUGGCGAUUGUUAAGCAAAAAUUACAGUCUUGCUUUAAACUGCAGUGUAGGCCUACAAUAAUAAAAGUCAUGUAUCAGUACAUCUACCACAAGUAAAGAGGACACUCUUAUGUUGGUUUCUAAUUAGACUUCUCAGCUAUUAGUUUGUCUAUUCCAUCCAUGUUCCCACAGUUCUAACUUAAAGAGUCAGAAAACCAUGAGCUCACUCUUGACAUUUCAUCCAAUUCUACAAAAGAUCAAUCAAAUAUAUAAAGCUAUAAAUAAAGUAAAAUAUGUUGUAUGUUUUCUAUUAUCUUGUAGAAAAUACUUUUGUAAGUAUGUUGAAAGUAUAAAGUAUUUGCUGGAUUCUGCUUCCUUUGACGACAGAGGAACUUGUGUUGACAAAAUGUGGCUGUGCAAUUUAUGUACAUUUGCAACUAGACCUAUUAAAGUUUUAUUUAGCUAUUUUAAAAUC